AUGGCGCAGCAAGGAGCUCAGCUGGACGGAGCUAAAUUCUGCUGUUCCAUCUGUUUGGAUCUACUGAAGGAUCCGGUGACUAUUCCCUGUGGACACAGCUACUGCAUGAGCUGUAUUAACAACUUCUGGGAUGAAGAGGAUAAGAAGGAAAUCUACAGCUGUCCUCAGUGCAGACAGUCCUUCACACCGAGGCCUGUCCUGGUAAAAAGCACCAUGUUAGCAGAUUUAGUGGAGGAGCUGAAGAAGACUAGAUUCCAAGCUGCUGCUGCUGAUCUCUGCUAUGCUGGACCUGAAGAUGUGGCCUGUGAUUUCUGCACUGGGAGGAAGCUGAAAGCCUUCAAGUCCUGUUUGACUUGUCCAGCAUCUUACUGUGAGAAACACCUCCAGCCUCAUUAUGAUGUAGCUCCACUGAAGAAACACAAGCUGGUCGACCCCUCCAAGAAGCUCCAGGAGAACAUCUGCUCUCAUCAUGAUGAGGUGAUGAAGAUGUUCUGUCGUACUGAUCAGCAGAUUAUCUGUUAUCUCUGCUCUGUGGAUGAACAUAAAGGCCACGACACAGUCUCAGCUAAAGCAGAAAGGACUGAGAGGCAGAGAGAGCUCGAGGUGAGUCGACUAAACAUCCAGCAGAGAAUCCAGGACAGAGAGAAAGAUGUGAAGCUGCUUCAACAGGAAGUGGAGGCCGUCAGUCGCUCUGCUGAUAAAGCAGUGGAGGACAGUGAGAAGAUCUUCACUGAGCUGAUCCGUCUCCUCCAGAAAAGAAGCUCUGAUGUGAAGCAGCAGAUCAGAUCCCAGCAGGAAACUGAAGUGGGUCGAGUCAAAGAGCUUCAGGAGAAGCUGCAGCAGGAGAUCACUGAGCUGAAGAGGAAAGACGCUGAACUGAAGCAGCUCUCACACACAGAGGAUCACAACCAGUUUCUACACAACUACCCCUCAGUGUCUCAACUCAGUGAACCUACAGACUCAUCCAGCAUCAAUAUCCGUCCUCUCAGAUACUUUGAGGAUGUGACAGCAGCUGUGUCAGAGCUCAGAGAUAAACUACAGGACAUCCUGAAGGAGGAAUGGACAAACAUCUCACUGACAGUGACUGAAGUGGACGCUUUACUGUCAGAAUCAAAAUCAGAACCCAAGACCAGAGCUGGAUUCUUAAGAUAUUCACAUGAAAUCACUCUGGAUCCAAACAAUGCAGACACGCAGCUGUUAUUAUCUGAUGGGAACAGAAAAGCAAAACUAACAACUCAACAACAGUCUUAUUCUAGUCACACAGACAGAUUCACUGCAUGUGGUCAGGUCCUGAGCAGGGAGAGUCUGACUGGACGUUGUUACUGGGAGGUGGAGUGGAGUGGGACAGGAGUUCGUGUAGCAGUCGCAUACAAGAAUAUCAGCAGAGCAGGAAACUCAAGUGAAUGUGCAUUUGGAUGCAAUGACAAAUCUUGGGCUUUAUAUUAUUACAAUAACAGUUAUACAUUCUGGUUCAACAGCAUCUCAACUCCCGUCUCAGGUCCUGUUUCCUCCAGAGUCGGAGUGUACCUGGAUCACAGAGCAGGUAUUCUGUCCUUCUACAGCGUCUCUGAAACCAUGACUCUCCUCCACAGAGUCCAGACCACAUUCACUCAGCCUCUCUAUGCUGGAUUUCAAUUUUAUUCUAAUAAUUACGGAGACACAGCUGAGUUGUGUAAAGUGAAAUAG